AUGCCUUACCUUUCGACGACAUUCUUCACCCGGAGACCGCCCCUCCGACACCCCCCCCCCAACACCACCACUACUUCCGGUUCUCACACGCCCCAUCAAAAACCAGGCGCACCCUCUUACACUCAAUACUUCUCCUACCCAGUCAGCCACGUCGUCUCAGGUCUCUACCGGCGCCUAACAGAUCCCGUCCCGACCGCCAUGCCCUCGUCCGUACCCUGGUCUACUUCUUCUUCCUCGUCCUCAAUCUUUACGCCACGCCGAACAGCCUCGCCCUUCCAGCCUCCGCCCCUCACCCCCCUCACACUCACAAUCCCCAAGGGCGCAGACCUCCUCCAACAGCAGCUCCUAACACGCGCGCUUGCCGAGGAAAUACGGCUUCUCGUGCCAGCGCGCCUCCAGCUCGUCGAGACCUGGCGUCUCGCCUACAGCCUCGAUCGCGACGGCGCCUCCCUCUCGACCCUCUAUGACAACUGCGAGCAGGUCUCUCACCGCAGCCCGCGGGCGGGCUAUGUCCUCGUUAUUCGCGACUCAUCCCCCUCCAGCGCCGUGUUUGGCGCCUAUAUGACCGACGCGCCGCACCCCAAUUCUCAAUUCUUCGGUACGGGCGAGUGCUUCCUCUGGCGAGCGAGCGCGCUGCCGCCACCCACCAGCUUGGGACUGGCAUUUUCCGGGGACGGCCCGCAGACGGAGGAAGCUCUUGAACGUGCUGGUCUCCCGCCGCCUCCUUCUGCGGAUACCACCCACACCGGACGCUGGAGUACCUUCCGUAGCGACCCACGAGCGAAGGCGCGGACCGAGUCGCCAGCCCACAACCUGAAUAUGAAUAUCAAAACCAGUCUGGCUGCGGCUAGUGGCGGUGCGCUGGCGCCCCCGUCACCUUCGUCGAUUGACACGCCUAACCGGAGUGGGGCCAGCACUCCGGAGCACAUUCGCUUCAAAGCAUUCCCGUACAGCGGGGUAAAUGACUAUAUGAUGUUUUGUGAGACUGGAUUCCUCAGUCUUGGAGGCGGCGAUGGACGCUACGGCCUUUGGGUAGACUCUGGUCUCGAAAAGGGAGUCAGCUCUCACUGCCAAACUUUCGGCAAUGAGCCCCUCUCCGAUGAAGGGGACAAGUUUGAUGUGCUUGGUGUUGAGGUGUGGUAUGUGGGCUCGUGA